GGGUGCGCGCGGCUCCCGCGCGGCUCGGCGGCGGCCGGGGCGGAGGGGGAGGAGCCGAAGGCGGUGGCCUGCGCUCCCGCCCGCCGCGGACAGCCAACCAGCCCCGCGCAGCCCCCUCCCAACUCCCCGGCGGGCGGCGGCGGCGGCGGCGGCGGGAGGAGGAGAAGGAGGAGGGAGCGUCUCUGCCGCCGCCUCCUGGUCCCCAGCGCCGAGCUGCCGCCGCCACCUCCCUCCGCCGCCAGCCUCCCUCGAUGGUCCUGCCGCUGCCCCCUCUGUAGUCCGAGCCGGGCUCCGCGGACGGAGCGCUCGCGGCCUCGGCGCCCGCGCGGGCUGCCGAGUGCAGCGCCGAGCCCCGCCGCGCCGUCUCCGACGAGCGCCGCGCGCCGGGCAGCCAGCGCGGCCCGUGCCGAGCGAGGAGCCGCGGGCGGGCGGGCGGCGCCGGGCCCGGGCCGCCCUCGCUCUCCCGCGCCCCGGCCCCGCCGCCCGCGCCCCGGCGCUCGCCCCGCAGGAGGAAGGCGCCGCAGUCUCCGGGCCUCGUCGCCCCGCGCGGCCGUCCUCGGCACGGAGAGCACUCGCGGGUCCCGAGGGGAGGAGGCGAGUCUGGGGCCGGGCUCGGAGCUCUUGGGCGCCCCCACCCCCGUUUUCGGAGCCCUCCACGCUGCGGCCGCUGUCCCCUCCGGACCAUGGCCGACGACGACGUGCUGUUCGAGGAUGUGUACGAGCUGUGCGAGGUGAUCGGCAAGGGACCCUUCAGUGUUGUGCGACGAUGUAUCAACAGAGAAACUGGCCAGCAAUUUGCUGUAAAAAUUGUUGAUGUAGCCAAGUUCACAUCAAGUCCAGGGUUAAGUACAGAAGGUAAGAGAUGGAUUUCAAAUCUAAAGCGGGAAGCCAGUAUCUGUCAUAUGCUGAAACAUCCCCACAUUGUAGAAUUGUUGGAGACAUAUAGCUCAGAUGGAAUGCUUUACAUGGUUUUUGAAUUUAUGGAUGGAGCAGACCUGUGCUUUGAAAUUGUGAAGAGAGCUGAUGCUGGUUUUGUAUACAGUGAAGCAGUAGCCAGUCAUUACAUGAGACAGAUACUGGAAGCUCUGCGCUAUUGUCAUGAUAAUAACAUAAUUCACAGGGAUGUGAAGCCCCACUGUGUUCUCCUUGCCUCAAAAGAAAACUCAGCACCUGUUAAACUUGGGGGCUUCGGGGUAGCUAUUCAAUUAGGGGAGUCUGGACUUGUAGCUGGAGGGCGUGUUGGAACACCUCAUUUUAUGGCCCCAGAAGUUGUGAAAAGAGAACCGUAUGGCAAACCAGUAGAUGUCUGGGGUUGUGGCGUGAUCCUUUUUAUCCUGCUAAGUGGUUGUUUGCCUUUUUAUGGAACCAAGGAAAGAUUGUUCGAAGGCAUUAUUAAAGGAAAAUACAAGAUGAAUCCAAGGCAGUGGAGCCAUAUCUCUGAAAGUGCCAAAGACCUCGUGCGCCGCAUGCUGAUGCUGGAUCCCGCCGAGCGGAUCACUGUUUAUGAAGCCCUGAACCACCCAUGGCUCAAGGAGCGAGAUCGCUAUGCCUACAAGAUUCAUCUGCCAGAAACAGUAGAACAACUGAGGAAGUUCAAUGCAAGGAGAAAGCUAAAGGGUGCAGUACUAGCAGCUGUGUCGAGUCACAAAUUCAACUCAUUCUAUGGGGAUCCCCCUGAAGAGUUACCAGAUUUCUCAGAAGACCCUACCUCCUCAGGACUUCUAGCAGCAGAAAGAGCCGUCUCACAGGUGCUGGACAGCCUGGAAGAAAUUCACGCACUCACAGACUGCAGCGAAAAGGACUUAGAUUUUCUGCACAGUGUUUUCCAGGAUCAGCAUCUGCACACCCUGCUAGACCUGUAUGACAAGAUUAACACAAAGUCUUCACCACAAAUCAGGAAUCCUCCCAGCGAUGCAGUACAGAGAGCCAAAGAGGUAUUGGAAGAAAUUUCAUGUUACCCUGAGAAUAAUGAUGCAAAGGAACUAAAGCGUAUUUUAACACAACCUCAUUUCAUGGCCUUACUUCAGACUCAUGAUGUAGUGGCACAUGAAGUUUACAGUGAUGAAGCAUUGAGGGUCACCCCACCUCCCACCUCUCCGUAUUUAAAUGGUGAUUCUCCAGAAAGUGCGAAUGGAGACAUGGAUAUGGAGAAUGUGACCAGAGUUCGCCUGGUUCAGUUCCAAAAGAACACAGAUGAACCAAUGGGAAUUACCUUAAAAAUGAAUGAGCUAAAUCAUUGUAUCGUUGCAAGAAUUAUGCAUGGAGGCAUGAUUCACAGGCAAGGUACUCUUCAUGUCGGUGAUGAAAUUCGAGAAAUCAAUGGUAUCAGUGUGGCUAACCAAACCGUGGAACAACUGCAAAAAAUGCUUCGGGAAAUGCGAGGAAGUAUCACCUUCAAGAUAGUGCCAAGCUACCGCACUCAAUCUUCAUCCUGUGAGAGAGAUUCCCCCUCCACUUCCAGACAGUCCCCAGCUAAUGGUCAUAGCAGCACUAACAAUUCUGUUUCGGACUUGCCAUCAACUACCCAACCAAAAGGACGACAGAUCUAUGUAAGAGCACAAUUUGAAUAUGAUCCAGCCAAGGAUGAUCUCAUCCCCUGCAAAGAAGCUGGAAUUCGCUUCAGAGUUGGUGACAUUAUCCAGAUCAUUAGUAAGGAUGAUCACAAUUGGUGGCAGGGGAAACUGGAAAACUCCAAAAAUGGAACUGCGGGCCUCAUUCCUUCUCCUGAACUUCAGGAAUGGCGAGUAGCUUGCAUCGCCAUGGAGAAGACCAAACAGGAACAGCAGGCCAGCUGUACUUGGUUUGGCAAGAAAAAGAAGCAGUACAAAGAUAAAUAUUUGGCAAAGCACAAUGCAGUGUUUGAUCAAUUAGAUCUUGUUACCUAUGAAGAAGUCGUAAAACUGCCAGCAUUCAAAAGGAAAACACUGGUCUUGUUAGGUGCGCAUGGUGUUGGGAGAAGACACAUAAAAAACACCCUAAUCACCAAGCACCCGGAUCGGUUCGCAUACCCCAUUCCACAUACAACCAGACCUCCAAAGAAAGAUGAAGAAAACGGAAAGAAUUAUUACUUUGUAUCCCAUGACCAAAUGAUGCAGGACAUCUCUAAUAACGAGUACUUGGAGUACGGCAGCCAUGAGGACGCGAUGUACGGGACGAAACUGGAGACCAUCCGGAAGAUCCACGAGCAGGGGCUCAUCGCGAUUCUGGAUGUGGAGCCUCAGGCACUGAAGGUCCUGAGGACUGCAGAGUUCGCUCCUUUUGUUGUUUUCAUUGCCGCACCAACUAUUACUCCAGGAUUAACUGAGGAUGAAUCGCUCCAGCGCCUGCAGAAGGAGUCUGAUAUUUUACAGAGAACAUACGCACACUACUUCGAUCUCACAAUUAUCAACAAUGAAAUUGAUGAGACAAUCAGGCAUCUGGAGGACGCCGUUGAGCUCGUGUGCACAGCCCCGCAGUGGGUCCCCGUCUCCUGGGUCUAUUAGGCCUCUCCCCAGCUAUCUGAUGCCUAACUGGGAGUCACCUCAUACAUGGAAAAGCCUCUUUGUUAUCGGCCUUGUGUCAGCAGGUCGUGGUCCCUAGAGACUACCUAGUUGUAGUGUGACCUACAUUUAUAAUUAUUGUCAUGUCCGAAUAGAUAGGAGGAGAAAAAAAAAAACAAUUACACACUAAUUUAAAGAGACAGUAUCUUUUUUAAUCAGUUCUCCUAAACUUUAAUAAAAUGUAUCUUUAAAUGUAUGUAUUAUUCAAUCCUUUGGAAUGUUAUAUUUUUGGAAAUCAUAGCUUUUUAUUUCCAAGGCCCCUAAAAACUGCACAAAAUAGAUGCUGCUUUCUAUAAUCUAUUUUAAUAAUAAUAAACAAUGAUUCUGUGACCUUGACUGGGGGUGGAACACUACAUUCUUUUUAGAGUCUGAUUUUAUGGAUUGGAAUACCUUUCUUUCCUUUAUUUAUUUGAAUUAAUCAGUCUAGUGAUUACCAAACAGUCAUAAAUUUUUAAAGGCCUUUUUUCUCUCUCUCUCUCUCUCUCUUUUUUUUUUAGGAUAGUAUUUUUUUUAAGUCCUUUCUGUAAACAUCCAGAUAAUGUGAUACUGUCUCUUUGAAGCACCCUGUAAACCUUUUAGAGAUUUGAAGUUGGGUCUUGACUCUUAAUGCAUGUGGACAGUCGCGAGCGUUUAUGCUGUCGGUGUGUCUGUGUUGGACAAAACAAUCUGUAAUCUACAGCAAAGUACAUUCCAUUCACGGGGCGCACCCAGGGGAAUGAGAAUAAAAUGCUAUAUGACUAAGUUGUAAACCUAUGCACAUCCCUUGCAUUUCGGGCAACUUUAUAAAAACAAAAAAAAAGAAACUGAUUUUUAUUAAUAAUAAUCAUGUAGUGAAAUGUGUUUGUAAUUUUGUCUCAAUUUAAUUUGUUGUAAGGUGGGAGGGGGAAUUGCUGGUUUCACCAUUUCAGAUCUGUGUCGUCUGAGAGUAUUAACGUUUUAAUUAAGCAAAGAAAUGAGGAUUUUUAAUCUGUAUGUAAUUGUUUUAAAGCACCCAUUUUAAGAGAAGAUCCUGUGCAAUGAAGAAAGCAGUUUAGGCGUUUGCUAUAAACUGAAUGAUCCCAAAAGAGUAAUCCAUAACAGCCCUGUAAAUCCCUUUAAAAUGAUCAACAGGACAGUUUGACCAUUUUUUUUUAAUAUACUCCCUUUUAUGUGUUCAAGAAUUAAAUGCCUUGGGGUCAUUCAUUUCAUUAGAGAAUUUGUUCAGGUUCACAAGCCGAUAAUCUGUUAGACUUUCUAAUCCGUUAGAUGCUCACUGACCCAUCCCAAGGCCCCAGGAAUGACUAGCCUAGCUGUUGGCAGAACAUCCUGUCAAACCCCAGAGCUCAGUGUGGCCCUAGGCCCCAAGGGCCGAGAGGCAAUCAGUAGCAGCACCUUUCUCUAGUUGUCAUCUCCCUUGGCACAGGAAAGCGCAUCUUUCCUUUUUGCUUUAGAGACAUGAACCAUCUCAUCGCCCUACUGCAAGGUCACAUUCUCCUGGUAUAGGAGAUUUGAGCUGAGGGGUUUCCAACUCUUUAUUAGAGGUGAGCGGGAAUGUUCUUAUUGGCUUGUCACUUGUGAGGUGGUCCUGCUAACCUGUGAUCCUUGAGAGAGCAGCAUCGCGUUUCCUUCUUUUGUCAUCUGGUUAGAGGUGCUGGUUAGAGGGUCUCUUGGCUUGGUGCCUGGGCUGGCUGUGCUCAGCAUGUCCAGAGCUAGCCAGCUCCUCUUAAAGGCCUGUAGAAGACAUUUGGAUCCUCCUUUUCUUUUGGAUCCCCUCUCCCACCUACUUUGGCUAACGGAUGCUGAUUUGGUUUCUCUGAGGUCAUCCUUGGUGAGCAGAUGAGCUUUGCAGCUUACUAACAAGGUGUUCUGUGGACUGCUUCUGUUGCCCCCCACCCCCGUCUCCCCACCCAGGCAGGUGAGCAAAUCACCAAACUAGAGAGACCCCCAGAUGGAGAGAGUAACUCCAAGAGGCAUGAGGGCUGUGUCUAGGUCAUUUGAAAUCGAACUGAGGCUAAGACCAGACAAGUCAUUCCAUGAUGGUACGGACCACAAGCCGGGCUUUCCUCUGUGACGGUGCCCGCACUACCUCUUUUCCUGUGAAGCACAAGACAGCUACCCUGGUAGGCACCCCCAUGCUCUUCUCGGCCCUUAGAGAUCAAAUCUCCGCCAAUACCUGUCUUCAGGCACCCAUUCGGUUCAGAAAAGUGGAUGGAGGAGAAGAGAAAAGCAAGACUAUUUGGGAGAGUCUGGCCCCAGAAGCAGCAGCAACAGGGCCCUCAACCUUGCCCCUAGGGUUGUCCGCAGAGUGUGGGCAGGCGCUGUUCUUGCCCCCAGCAGCUGGCAAAAUGCUGCACUCACAGUCUUGCCGGCUGCACAAGCAGGUCAACCGUUCCAUUCCACUAGCGCGUGUCCGCCCGCGAGCGGGGUCUUUAUGACCUAAUAGAAAAUACUUAAAUAUCUGUUGAGAGAGUUAAUGGGCUGCAGGAUUACAAAGGUCCACUAAGCAAGCAGAGGAAAUGACUAAAAGCUGCUUUCCAGCUCCCAUUCCAUCCACAAAACCAUUGUUUUCCCUUGUACAGACCUGGUUAGAUGAUUAACUCGUUUCACUGAUCAAUUGAAGAGCCAUAUCCUGAGGGUUCUCUCCACCCACCCCCUGCUUCCCACACUUCCCUCGGCCAAAAAAAGGGGGAGGGCGGCUUUUAAUAAUGCUGAAGUGUUUGUCAAAAAGAAGAAAUGUCCUGGUUUUCUAAAAAAGACAGACAUUACUUUGCCCACACAGCAUAUUUCAUUUGAACACUAAAAAGGAAAAUGUCCAUUUGAUUCAGCCAGAAGUUUCCGUGCAAAUAAUAUGGUAGCCUUUUGAAACCACCAUUAAAUGUAUCUCCUGCCAUGUGAAAUGCUUGAAUACAUUGCUCAGAGAAGAAAAGAAAUGAGUGACCUAUUUCUUGCUGGUUGCAUUCAGAAGGCACCUUUUAGACCCCUUCUGUAGGGACGUGCAGAAUAGCUAAAGAGUUUGCAAAAAAAAAAAAGCCCAAUCUUUCACAGUUGAAGGAUUCAGCUCAAGUUCCCUUUUGCAGUCCGAAUCCCCCUCCCACUUUGCCCACCCCCCCUGCGCGCCCACCCUGCUCCCAGGCAAGCCUGCACAUCAGUGAUCUUUGUUUAGCUUCCAAGCUCCACGCUGACAAUGAGGGCUUGGGUUAGUUUUUAAAUCACUCGUCAUUUCCUCUUCGUGAAGACUUCCGAUUCCUCGACAAAAUACUGUCAGUACCCCACCCCCUUUGUGGGGCGGGGCAGGGGGUGUGGCUAGGCACUGGGUGGUGGAUGUGCCCAGGACACAAGCUGUCCCUGCAAAGGUCAGGGAGCCUCAAGCCAACUCUCUUGACUCCCGCUGAUGUGAGGGUCCUUUCCUUUUCUCAGCUCAGCCUCUAACUCGGGGCCCAGAGCCUGCGCUGCUAGAGCUAGCGCGGUUUCUGGAUCAAUACACUUGAGUACAGGGCCUCCCUGGAAGCGAGGGCCGACCCACAGUGAGCCAUGUUCCAAAGCCCCCUGACAAUCCUCACCCCGCUGUCUCCGCCGCUGCCUCCUCCAGCUCUCAUCCAGCUGCAUGGGGGGCUUGGGGAGUUGUUCUUUUUUCCAGAAAAGCACACAGUCUCCUAAUUCCAUCCUCUCCAAGGGCUUGUGAGACGGAAGCUGAUGAUAGCAUGUGAUCGGUACAGGUCCCUGGGGCUGGGCGCUUGUUCUGCACUGCUAAUGAAUUCUUUUCUUUGAAGGCUAUUUUGCUUCUCCCAGCAUCUUAGUGAAGGGCUACAAGCUAUCAUUAGAAAUCCUUCCCUAGGGUUGCAUGUUUCCUCCUCUUCACCUCGGGAAGUCGGGCUUUCCCCUCUGGCAGGGGGCCGGAAGUUGCAGGGCCUUGGCCCUGAAGCUGAACGUUUGCUGUUCUGCCCCCUCCCCCCCCACACACACACAUCCACACACGCAUGCAUGCACUCGUUGGAAUGCCUUAAAUGUCAAGCUGGUGGAAGGCUCGGUCUUCCAGCUUCGAGAGCGAGGGUUCGCUGCGCCAUGCCUCCGGGAAGUGGAAGAAAGGGAGGUGAGCAUGCUCACCAGGCCACAUCCCUCUUGUCUGGUCUUUUCUUGGCCACUCUUGGGCUGGAGAAAGUGGGCAGAGGCAGUCCACUGAGAGGAAGCAAAACCGCACGGUCUCUGGCAAGCCUUAGCUCUUCAGGGGGUAGAACAUUUAAGGCUUCCCCCAUCCCCGCCACUCACCUGACCCUCCCAUCCACUCUCUUGAGCCUGUGCAAAUGACCCAGCAAAAAAAGAAAAUCUAGUUAUCUGUCACCAGACAGGAGGCAUUUUCUGGCCUUAAGGGCCGCUCCCUAUGUAUGCUCAGGAUUCUGGAACUCUGCUAGCCACUUGAGCAUCAAGUAAUGUGCCAGAGUUCUUGCGCACACAGGCUGAAGGAUGACCAUCUUGGGCUGUAGUGGAGAUGCAACCUCUUAGCAGAAAGUUAAGAGAAAUGGGCAUUUCUCACCAGUGAGCCGCCCCGUCUAUUCUUUUCCUUUCCAAGGGAACAAGAACUGGGGCAUUCCAUGUUCCAGUCUUCGGCUGGGUCCUGGAAGGUUCCCUAUGUUGAGCGGGUGGGAGGCAGUGGGGUCAGUGGUCAGGGUGACAGAUGUGCAGGUCCCCGGUCCCCGCGGGCUGAGACCACAAAGUAUCUGGUUGAAUUGCAAUGCAGACGCAUCGCCAAACUCAGUUCUGGGGUUGUUUUGCAUAAAGUUUUGCCAACGUGUUCUUUUUUCUGUAUGUAUAAUCGCCUUUUUAUAAAAGGUUUUGAAGUAUUGUCUCAGUGAUAUAAAGAGAGCGAUGUUAACCGUUGUUGUAAAUUUCACCGUAUCCAAUUGUAAGUAUUUGCAGGGUACAGCAAAGCCUUAGCGUGCAAGAGCGAUUGUGCUGGAGGUGUCCUUCAACACCCAGGAGGUGAAGGGUUCAGAUUCUUUGUAAAUGUCCCACUUUUCUUUCUCUCUGUGUGUAUCUAUUUACAUGCCUUAGCACACGCCCUCCCGCCCUGAUCCCUUUGCCCUGUCGCCGGAGCAACCAGAACGCUGUGCACUGCCAGUACAGUACAAGUCGAUGGAGCCCUAUAAGUUAUCUUUUGUGUGACAGGGGAGGAAGAGAAACUCCAUAGUAUUCUUUGUAGAAUAUACAUACCUGUAGGAUGCUGUGUAAUGGGAAACCAUAAAAUUGGGCUUUUGUCAUUUCAAAGUUGGAGAAAUGUAUGAAUAAAAUGUAUAAAACCCGAAAAGGCAGUCGUCGCCUUGGA